GUGAGAGCCUUUAAAGAUAAUUUGCUCUCAUAUGCAAGUAACUGCCCAAGUCCUGAUAAGUAAGUUGAAAUAAGUAGAAAAACUAGAAUAGAGAUCCUCUAUUCUACACUAAGAGAGAGUGUGGAGACCCCGUACCUGAAUGCCUCCACGUCUCUGCUGACUCUGCAGAGGUGGUUUGUGUGGACAAAGUGACUGGAGUAGAAGAUUCAAGACCGGACAGAAGAAAAGGACCUGACACACAGGCAACAUGGCCAAUGCCUUGGCCAGUGCCACGUGUGAGCGCUGCAAGGGAGGCUUUGCGCCUGCUGAGAAGAUCGUGAACAGUAAUGGUGAGCUGUACCAUGAACAGUGCUUCGUGUGUGCCCAGUGCUUCCAGCAGUUCCCAGAAGGACUCUUCUAUGAGUUUGAAGGAAGGAAGUACUGUGAGCAUGAUUUCCAGAUGCUCUUUGCUCCCUGCUGCCACCAGUGUGGUGAAUUCAUCAUUGGUCGGGUUAUUAAAGCCAUGAACAACAGCUGGCAUCCUGAGUGCUUUCGAUGUGACCUCUGCCAGGAGGUGCUGGCAGACAUAGGGUUUGUCAAGAAUGCUGGCAGACACCUGUGUCGUCCAUGCCAUAACCGUGAAAAGGCCAGAGGCCUUGGAAAAUACAUCUGCCAGAAAUGCCAUGCCAUCAUUGAUGAACAACCUCUGAUCUUCAAGAAUGACCCUUACCAUCCAGACCACUUCAACUGUGCCAACUGCGGGAAGGAGCUGACUGCUGAUGCCCGGGAGCUGAAAGGAGAGCUGUACUGUCUGCCAUGUCAUGAUAAGAUGGGGGUACCUAUCUGUGGCGCCUGUCGGAGGCCCAUUGAAGGGCGAGUAGUGAAUGCCAUGGGCAAGCAAUGGCAUGUGGAGCAUUUUGUUUGUGCCAAAUGUGAAAAGCCAUUUCUUGGACAUCGCCAUUAUGAGAGGAAGGGCUUGGCCUAUUGUGAAACUCACUAUAAUCAGCUAUUUGGUGAUGUUUGUUUCCACUGCAACCGCGUCAUAGAAGGUGAUGUGGUCUCUGCGCUCAACAAGGCCUGGUGUGUGAGCUGCUUUGCCUGUUCCACCUGCAAUACCAAAUUGACGCUCAAGAACAAAUUUGUGGAGUUUGACAUGAAACCGGUCUGCAAGAAAUGCUAUGAGAAAUUUCCAUUGGAGCUGAAGAAAAGACUUAAGAAACUAGCUGAGACCUUAGGAAGGAAGUAACUUCUGGUUUAUCCAAUAUUACUUAACUUGAUUCACCCUUAACUAAAGAUGUAUCAAAGCAUUAGAGAGAAUGUUUUUUUUUUCAUUUUCCUUUUCUGAUUUAAAAAGAAAAAAAAAUGUUUAUUCCUAUGUAAAACACAGAUGUAAAACACAGGACUUUAGCCUUAGCAGUCUGUGGACAUUAAAUGCUGUAUAGCAGGAUUAAAAAAAAGAAAGAAAGAAAAGAAAAGAAAAAAGAAAACAUGUUAAAGGAUAAUUUUAAUUAACCCCUGUCCUCCAAAUAAAUUUAACUCUUCAAAAUUAAAGCACUCUGCUCGGCACCAACGCUGGGUCCAUGUGGAAAGAGAACUCGCUCCCACAAGCUGUCCUCUCACCUCCACAGCCACCUGAGUCCUAGGCCAGCCGGGCUGUGUGGUGAGCCUUGUUUCCAAGAACGAAAAUUGGCUGUGCACAUCACAGGACCUGUGUGCUAGUAUCUGUGCUUCAUACAUACUCUGACUUGCCUCGCCUUAGAAAACUGCAUCCCCUAAUCAGGAAUGCUACAUGUUUCAUAUAAUACCAAAUAAAAAUAAAUACUUUAAGAUUUA